UACAGUAAUGGCGGCUGUAGGGAUUACGUAUACUCGUAACUCGUGAAGUCUAGAACGUACACAUUGCAGUUUAUUAAUCUAGAUUUAGAAUCUGUAUCUUAAUCUAGAUUUAGAAGCUAGAACCACUCAACACACAACAAACACUGUCACUUGGUUGUCUUGUCAUGACCGACUACAUGUAAUCUCAACUAGCCUAACACUGACCAGUUUGUUCGAAUCAGUCAGAUACACGAUCUAUUUACUUCUUGGGACAGAACUAUCUUAAUAUCAAAACGUUCAGAAGUAAUAUACAGUUAUAUUUAUGUAAGAAAUAGCUUCAUGCAAGAAAGAUAAGCAAAAAAAGUUCUUUCUAAUAGGUUGAUUCCUGAAUCCUUCCCUAUGCUUAGACUUAGAUGGAAAUUAGAAUUCAGAGUUUUCCUCCAAUGGAUAAAGACACAGAUUGCUCCCAAGAUAGUUUAGCAGAGAUUCAGAUAAAAGAUGAACCUGAAGAUGCUGGCUAUGAACACAACUCAAUGUCUGCUAAUAUCAGUGAACAGAAUUCCACAGCGAAUUCACGAGAUUCUUCACCACUCCCUCCCAUACAUUUUGAGGGCCCGUCUCCUCAACAGAAUCCUGAGUCUGCAUCAGCACAGAUACCUCUUAAUGAUCUUUUUGCAGGCUCUACCAUUCGCAGCCAACUACAAGGUGCUAUUGACAGUAAAAAAAUGGAUUCUAUUCAAGACAUCAUAGAAGGUCUAUUAAAAAAAAAUGAAACCUUGCUAGCCAUGAGUGAUGCUGGAAUACACAAGCCAAGGUCUCAUCAAGUGAAAAUAGUUCGUGAAAACUCUGUUCCUGUUACUGGAAAGUCAUGUGCAUUUCCUGUUUCAUCUAGUUUACAAGCACAAAUUGUACCCAAGAAAAAAGUUUCAACUCCAGAAAAUACUAGAACUAGAAUGAAGCACUCUAAGUGUCCAACCUUAGGAUAUGCUUCAGUGCUAAGAGAUAAAACAAAUUUUACAUAUGCAUUGAUGGAGUCCAAUAUUUGUGAAGAUGAGAUUGAGAAAAUUUUAAAUGUGGAGAAACAUGAAUUAGUUUGUGGUAUUGGUUCUAAAUCGUACAUUGAAGACCAGUCAAGCAAACUUGUAACACCUUUAGAUGUUGGCAUCUACUGGUGUAACUUUUGCCCUUAUACAACGACAAACAAAUCACUACUAGUGCACCACACACUUGAACAUAGAUUUGCUUGCAAGUUCUGUGCCUAUGAAUCCUUCUGCAGGUCUGAUAUUGUUAGACAUAUGCUCAAACUACAUCCUGAAUUUCAUGACAAUGCUGGCAGGUUUUACUACUGCACAUUUUUGUCUGAUUAUUUGCGUGUUAAGACUUCCUUGGAAAAGAAAGAAAGUGGAGAUUCUCAAAAUCAUUCUUCAGAUGAUUGCCAUCGCCAUUCUAAAGGGAGGAAACGUAAAUCUGGAUCUCAAAAUCCACCAGGGAAAAAAAAUGCUAAAUUGGAUACAAAAAAGACACCUGUGGAACACUCGACUAGUAAUAAUACUAACAAUUGUAAAGUGCCUGACCAUCUUCAUACAAAAUUCAAUGAUAAAGACUCAGAUUAUGAUCUGUUUGACAUGGAAGUUGAAGAAAUCUGCAAACCAGGAAUGUCCCAAGAGAAUCCUUGUGCUGAAGAACUUGUUCCUGAAAUCUAUUCUAGUGCCCACAUACCUGAGACUGCUCCAUUUCCUGUUCAACUAUUUAAAGCCUUGCCCCCUAGAAAAAACUUGAAUGCAUCUUCUGUAGAAUCUCCCAUAAGAUAUAAAACUCACACCCGUGGCAAAAUGCAAAAAGUUAAAAGUGGCUCCUCUGGUUUGUAUUGGAGUUGUGGUUAUUGUUCAUUCCAAAGCAUUAGCCAAUCAGAAGUGAAGGAUCAUUCCAAUGUAGAACACACAGGGAAACCUCAUCGCUAUGUAGCUCUGAUAAAAAAUCCACCAACAAGCAUUCCUUCUAGUAAAAGUAAUAAAGUUCUUGAAGCUAGUGGUUCCAACACUGUCAUUACUAAUACAACUUACAAAAAUGCUUGUUUGUCACCUCAUUUAUCCAACAAUUCUGUUUCCUCUGUUGAAGAAAAUGCUGAGUCAUUAAAAGAUCCCAGUAAGGCUGUCAAAGGGAAGAAAGUGAAGCCACCUUUAGCCAAUGAGUCUCCAGGAGAUAAGACUGUAUAUAUCAAUUCUGUUCAAGUGAAGUUACCUGAUGUCAGAGCAUCUUCUACAAGAAAAGCUACUUCCUCAAAAAAAGCCCUUUACACCUGCUAUCACUGUGCCUAUACUGCUAACAGUCCUUCAUCUAUGAGGGCUCAUAUCUAUUACAAACAUAAGGGAAAGUCCUUGGUCGCCUUUGAUAGUAAUUCUGAACCCAGGCAACACAUCUUCUUUUGUGCACGGGAAGACUGCUCUUUUAAAUCUGAAACUAGAGAUGGUUUCUUAAACCAUGUUGAUUGGUGUACACCCUGGAACAAACUGCAAUGGACUCAAGUGGAUUCACAUGUUGUCAAAUGCUUAGAACAGACUAUAGCAUUUGCAAAAAUGUUACUUGAUAAGGUAAUUGAAAAUGAAUUGGAAAGACCAGUGAUAAUGAAAACUGGGGACUUUGAGCCAUUAUGUGUUAGCACACCCACAAAGCCUGAUAUGGAAUGCAGAGAAGAACCAGCAGAUGAAGAAUGUACAGAUAAAAUGGCAGCAGAUGAAUGUGUUGAUGUACUGACAGGUGACAAAUGUUGUACUAAACAGGCAGAUGAAAUGACAGGAGAUGAUCGACUAGAUGUAGUGACCGAAGAUAGUAUAUUAGAACAGGCAGAUGAGGAAGACAUAAUUGUACAGGGAGAGGACAAAUAUAUAGAAAAAGAGGACAAUUUGAAAUGCACUGAUGUAGAUAGCUCUGACAAAUUACAGUUCAAUACUGAUGUCUGUGGUCAAGAAACAGUAGACCAAGUAGCUGUCUCUGGAUCCAGACUGGACAGCUCGUUAAUAAUAGAUCAUGACCUAGAUGUGGAUACCAAUGUAAAUAUUCUAAGCCAAUCUCUUUCGUCCAAUGAUUCUUUUUUACCUGUUGGAUUUGUUGAUGUCCAAUGUGAUACAGCUAAUGAGGAGCAGGAAAGCAAUCUUUCCAUACUACCAGACCUAAAUGAAACUCAGACUUUGACUAUUGCUGAAUUAGACAUAUUGACUGAAGGCAAUGAAAUCGUUCAACAGAAUGAAAUGGCACAGAAAUUAACAUUUGCUACAAUAGACUAUGCAAAUAUGUACUCCUCUGAGUCUCAACAGAUUGUUGAAGAUGGCAGGGAGGAUAGACAAUUGAUGGAUCCUGAAACAAGGAAAGUUCAUCAUUCAGAAUUUUCAAAAAAUUCUAAUGAUGAUUUAUUGAUGGAUACACAAAAUAGAGAGAUGUUUACAAUGUCAUCAAAUGCAGACAAAUGGGAACCUGGAAAAUCACAUGAUGAACAUGUGGAAUCACACUGUGAACCUAGAGAAUCAGAUAGUGGACAUAGAAAUUCACACAGUAGAGAAUCAUCUAGUGAACCUAGAGAAUCAGAUAGUGAGCCUAGAGAAUCAUCUUGUGAACCUAUAGAAUCACAUAAUGAACAUGAAAAAUCCCAUAGUGAAUCGCAAGAAUUACAUAGUGAAUAUGGAAAAACACAGAGUGAACAUGGAAAAUGCCUUAUUACUAAGCCUACAAAUGGAACCAACUUGGAUCUAAGCUCUGGCCAUGAGGUUGAGUUAGCUGACGGUAACAACACAGAAAGUGGUGCUUUAAAGAACCGACAGCAAAUAAACAAUAACAAUUCCAAAUCUCCCAAAGCUACUUCUCCUUUGAAGCUUACCUUUAAAUUGGUGGGAAACAAAACAGUCUGUAGCAUUAAAGGGCUGUCUAAUAAGAAAGAGACGGACAGCAGAAGCAGUGAACAUGCUGAAUCUAGCAGUAGUAGCUCCACUACAGGAUCAGAAGAAGAGUCAGAAGUUGAAGGAGGUCAGGUUCCUAAAUGGCUAGAAGAGUUAAUAGAUUCUACUGGAGAUUCAGAAAGUGAAGCGGAUACAACGACUACUGAGACUUGUAUUGGAGCAGUCAAAGAAGAAAUAGAAGAAACGAAACCGUCAUUAGUUGUCCCAACUAGCCUGACAUCUGCUGUUCCUGUUGAGACAGUCCAACAGAGGCAACUCUUAACGUGUUUGCCUGCUCGUACGGCAGCUGUCAAAGCUUUAUCAAAAAUGAAACCUGCAUUAGAGGAAUCUUUUUUAGAUGAUGAGUGUGAAUGGCGUUCCAAAAGUAAAAAAUCUAGUAAAAAAUGUAACUCCUCACAUUCACAGUCAAGAAGUAAUAGUCAGAUUUGGGAGGAUGACAGCAAAGCUAAAACAUCUUCCUUUGACCAUACUAUUUCCUCCCUAAAUACAAAUGUGUAUGCUUGUAAAUAUUGUUCAGAUAUAAGUAAAGGAUCGUUACAGAACCUCAAAGCUCAUGUGCUUUCACAGCAUGGAUCUAGAUUACCCUUGGUUAUCAGCUGCCUUAAACAAAGUGUACAUAAACCUUGCACUUAUUAUGUAUGUUCCUUCCCCAAUUGUUUGAAGUUGUCUGUCUCCAAGAAAGGUUAUUUUGAACAUGAAGCCACACACCGGAGUGUCAGUGCAGCAGAGGCAGAGAAGUGCUCAUCAAGGGGUACAUCCCGUAAGACACAUGCUACCCAACAAGCUGCGCCCUCGAAGGAGACAUUCCAGUCUUGUAAAGUAGAGCUCGACCCCUUGGACUUGAGCCAAGUGACCAAAGUGAGGAGCCAAUCCUCCGAGAAGAAGUAUCAGUGCUUGUAUUGUACGCAAUACUUCUACGACAGUUCCUUGACUGGGAUGAAGUCCCACUACAUGAGUGAGCACGAGGGGCAGCUGAUGGUCAUGCGAGACACAGAGGCACGCAGGUCGCAGCUGCCAUCUCGCAUAUAUGUCUGUGAGAUGCCCAACUGCGAGUGCUGUUACAUUAACCGCCCUGACCUAUAUCACCACUCCAAGAGCCAUAAGGCCAACUCCACAUACAUCUAUGAGUGUGUCUCUUGUGGAUGGUAUUCUUCUUCACAAGAGAGUGCCACUCAACACCUUAAAACUGCACAUUCUGAGGAACAAAAUGUCUCUUUGAUUCACAUGCAAGUAUCCAUUGAUGAAAAUGGUCAAACAUCUAAAAAAGUUUUGUAACUUUGGUAUCCAUCGAUAAACAUGGUCAUUCAUCUAAAAAAAAAAAAAGUGUAAUUCAACAUUUUAGAACACCUAUUCAUUCUACCUCCUGCUACUGAUGUUCUAUUUUUAAAAUGUUGAAAUCGCAGAAUUUAAGUGCUUUGAACCUUCGUUCAAUUUGCUUAGUUAUUUACACUUUGAUUUAGUCAUGUAAUCAUUCAAACAAAAACUGUCUCUUUUCUUCUUCCUAUUUUUGACCAAAUAGUGGAGCUUCUUUGUAAUGUAUCAGUGAUUUGAACUGUCAUUUUGUUUUACUGAAAACUAUUUUUGUAAUUCAAAUUAAUGUUGAGAUUUUUUUUUGUGGAACUUGUACUUAUUAAAGGAAUUAUCUACAACUCAAA